GCAGCUAACACAUUGAAAGAGAUAGCGAGGAAAAUAGGGAAGAAUGACUGGGACUUUGAAAAAGAUGAUCCUUGCAGUGGGAAAGGGCAGUGGAAUGCGUCUGAUGAGAGCGCACAUUUUGAGAGCAUUGUGGUCUGUAAAUGUAACGAGUCUUCUUGCCAUGUUAUCCUUGAAGGCCCAGAAUCUUUCUGGUGCUAUCCCGCCGGAAUUUUCCAAGCUAAAUCAUCUCAAGAAACUGACACUGAGUCUUAACAUUCUCAAUGGUUCUAUACCUGGCCAAUGGGCUAAUAUGCAUUUGGUUGACCUCUCGAUUAUGGGAAACAGAUUGUCAGGCCCUUUCCCUGCAGUUCUCACGAACAUCACGACUCUCCAGAACCUGACUAUUGAAGGAAAUCUAUUUUCGGGUCCCAUUCCACGAGAUAUUGGAAACUUGAUCAAGUUAGAAAAACUCCAUCUGUCGUCAAACGCAUUCACUGGAGAAUUGCCAGUUGAACUUUCCAAAUUGAAGAAUUUGACUGACUUGAGGCUAAGCGACAAUAACAUCUCUGGGCGCAUUCCUGAUUUUAUUGGAAGCUGGACAUUAAUUGAAAAGCUGCACAUGGAGGGUUGCUCUCUUGAGGGGCCCAUACCUUCAAGCAUUUCAGCCUUGACAAGCUUAAGUGAUUUGAGGAUAACUGAUCUAAAAGGUGGAGCCUCUGAUUUCCCAUCAUUAAGAAACAUGAAAUUCAUGGAGAAAUUGAUAUUGAGGAACUGUAUGAUUAAAGGGGAGAUCCCAGAAGAUAUUGGGAGAAUGGAAAACCUGAUAACCUUAGAUCUGAGUUUCAAUAACUUGACUGGAGAGAUACCGGCUACUCUUGCCCAACUUAGAAGAGUAAAAUUUGUAUAUCUUACUGGGAACAAGCUAGGAGGGACUAUUCCUGAGUGGGUCCUUGAAUCGAACAAGCAAGUUGAUAUUUCUAAUAAUAACUUUAGCUGGGAUGGCUCAGGUCCUGUUGAAUGCCUGCAAGGGAGCGUGAACAUGGUCGAAUGCUACUCUUCUUCUGUGGAUACAGAAAGUAGAGUUAAUCCAUGCAUGAAAAGGAAUUUCCCAUGUCCUGCUUCCACCGGGCAAUAUCAUUAUUCAUUUCAUGUUAAUUGUGGUGGUGAGGAAGCCAAUGUCAAUGAUACAAUAUAUGAAUCUGACAUAGAAAAAAGAGGUGCUGCAGUGUUUUACUCCACCCAGAACUGGGCGCUUAGCAGCACAGGGGACUUCAUGGACAAUCAUCAGAACUCUGAUAACUACAUUCAGACCAAUACUUCUACACUUCUGAAUGUCUCCGUCGUCGAUUCACAACUAUACACAACAGCUCGCAUAUCUCCUCUUUCUCUCACAUACUAUGGACUUUGUCUCUUAAAUGGAAACUAUACUGUGAAGCUUCACUUCGCGGAGAUUUUGUUCUUGAAUGAUAGAUCAUAUUACUGUCUUGGAAGGAGGAUAUUUGAUGUCUACAUCCAGGGGAAUUUGGUCCUGAAAGACUUCAAUAUAGAAAGUGAAGCUGGUGGUACUGGGAAGCCAGUUGUGAAGACAUUCAAUACUACAGUCACCCGACAUACCCUGAAAAUUCACUUCUACUGGGCUGGAAAGGGCACAACAGACAUACCACGAAGAGGAUAUUAUGGACCUCUGGUGUCUGCUAUAUCUGUGUAUCCUAAUUUCAAACCUCCAUCCGGGGAUGGAAAGAGAAUUUACAUCGUGGUGGGCACAAUCAUUGCUGUUGUAGUUCUUGUUCUCCUGGUCUUGAGCGUCAUGAAGUGGAAGGGCUGGCUAGGAGGCAAUGACUCUGUAUACAAAGAUCUUAGAGGUUUAGAUCUGCAGAUGGGAUUAUUUACUUCAAGACAAAUCAAAGCAGCAACUGAAAACUUCAAUGCAGCCAACAAAAUUGGGGAAGGUGGAUUUGGCUCUGUUUACAAGGGUCUACUGCCAGAUGGCACAGUAAUUGCAGUAAAGCAGCUCUCCUCAAAAUCUACACAAGGAAUCCGUGAAUUUGUUAAUGAGUUAGGAAUGAUAUCUGGGCUUCAACAUCCCAAUCUUGUUAAGCUUUAUGGAUGUUGUGUGGAAGGAGACCAGUUAAUGCUGGUAUAUGAGUAUAUGGAAAACAAUUGUCUAUCUCGUUUUCUUUUUGGGAAGGAUUCUGGCCGCCGAGUGCUAUUGGACUGGCCAACUCGGAGGAAAAUUUGCCUUGGCAUAGCUAGAGCUUUGGCUUAUCUCCACGAAGAGUGCGUGAUUAAAAUCAUACACAGGGAUAUAAAAACAAGUAAUGUGUUGCUUGAUAAGGAUUUUAAUGCUAAGAUUUCAGACUUUGGUUUUGCAAAACUCAAUGUAGAUGAAAAUUCCCAUGUUAGCACUCGCAUUGCAGGAACUAUAGGUUAUAUGGCUCCUGAAUAUGCAAUGCGUGGUCAUCUAACUGAUAAAGCUGACGUUUAUAGUUUCGGGGUCGUUGCAUUGGAAAUUGUCAGUGGAAAGAGUAAUACAAAUUUCAGACUCAGUGAGGAAUUCAUUUUCCUCCUUGAUUGGGCCAAUGUUUUGAAAGAGAACGGAAGACUACUAGAGCUGGUCGAUCCAGAUUUGGGUUCAGAAUACUCAACGGAGGAGGCCAUGGUAAUUCUAAACGUGGCACUCUUGUGUACCAAUGCAUCUCCUGCGCUUAGGCCAACAAUGUCUCAAGUUCUGAACAUGCUUGAAGGAAGAAGUAACAUGGAGGAUCUACUUUCUGAUCCAGGACAUCAAGCAGCUAAUUUCAAAUAUGAGGCCCUAAGAAGUCACUUCUCUGAGAAUCUGAGCCUCCGAGAAAGCAUGUCAAUUCAUGGUCAAUGCCCUUAUUCCUCUAGUUCAGGCGUUGAAGUAGAAGAGAAGCACCUUCUUGUACGUGCUGGAGCAGACACAACUAAAGCAGACCAGUGAAGACAAUCCCAUGAUGUUUUUGUUUGAAGUUUAGUAGUACUAAAGAAAUAUGUUCAUUUUGGUUCAAUGUUGAGCAUUAACCAAACUGAACCAAGCAAAUUUGUCAUACUGAAACGUGCGACUAUCUAGUCUUUGAGGUCGAUCUGUGUUUUUUUUUUUUUUUUAAUUUUAUUUGUUGGUUUAUGCUGUAUUAAGUUGGUUCGCUAAUUGAUCAAUCUGGCUAAUUAUAUAUAUAAAUAUAUACUCCUCCGGUCC